AUGCUCACCACCCUGGGGCUGCUGCUCAGCUUCACUCUCCCCGCGCUGGGUUUCCACUUCUCCAUCAGCUGCCCUAGCGGCCAGCAGUGCCGGAGGGCCCUGCUCUCGGGCAAUGACGUCUUCUUGCGCUGCAACUCCACCGGGGCCCAGUGGCAGUACCUCCCACAAGAGGAGACCAGCUGGUCCACCAAUAUUGCCAGUGUCCCCAACGUGCGCGUGAUGCCCAAGGGCAGCAUCCUCCUGAAAAGUCCACUGCCCUACCAGACUGGCCUCUACAGGUGCCUCAAUGAGAAUGGCAGCCCAGUGACGCAGUAUGAGAUUGACUUCCAGGACGUCACUGCCUUGCACAUUACCCACAAAGGCCUGGGUCAAGACCCCCUGCAGAAUGAGACCCUGAACCUGGGAAGCGAGGUAGUCAUCUUCACCCACUGGGAGCCCUGGCAGGAUUGUAAUCGUUGUGGGGAGCUUGGCGAGCGUAAACGCCUGGGAUACUGCUACAUACAAGAGCCCUUGGAGGAGGCCUCCCCCUGCUGGCUCUACCUGGGGGAGCUGAAGGUGCAGGCCAGCCGCCUAAAGCCUGAACUACAAAUAGAAAGCUGCUUUAACCAGUGCAAUUCUUCCCAGCAUGUCGGUGUGUCCUAUGUCACCUUUGACAGCUUCAAGCUUGAUGAGGAGUCUGAAUCUGUGUGGCUCACCUGCCCCUUCGGAUCCAUCUACAGGCCUGUCACCUGGGAAGCUGACGGCAUACCCUUGACGUGGCACGGCCAGCUCUCCGGCUGGGACUUUAACACCAUCCUGGACCCCACCAAUGGUGGUGGGAAGCUGCAGAUCUUCCAGCCGGCCAUCUACACAUGCUUUGUGCAGCAGGAGCUCAUGGCUCGGUUCAAUCCCAUGUCCAUCCCGCAGGUCCAGACAAGAGAGAGGGUUAGGCAGCAGCAGAAGGCAGGCGAGGCUCAGCAAGGGAAGGCCGACUCAGUCCUCAAGGGGCUGAAGCUGAUGCUGCUCGUAGGCACGACCCUGGUUGUGACGGGGGCACUUGUCAGGUUCCUCCGCCCUCCCCGGAGCAAAAGAUGUGAUCAGGUGCCGCUGGUAAAUUAA